AUGUUCAAUAAAUUAAGAACAACCAAUUUUAUUAUUUUUUUAUUAAUUUUUUUAUUUUUUCAAAAUAUUUAUUUACAAAAUAGUAUCAAUAAAUUUGAUUCUAAAUGUAUACAUACAUAUGACAAUUGUAAUAGUUGGAUAUCGGCAAUUUUUUUGUUUUUGGAUACUAAUACUGAUGAAAAAAGUUUUAAUGAUAUUAUAAAAAUUUUAUCUAAUACAGUUUCAAAAUGUUCUCCAACUCAAUCAUUAUCAUUAGAAAUUUAUAGUUGUAAUAAUGUUGUUGGAAAUUGUAUUGGUUCUUAUGAUUGUUUAGAAUUAAUUAAUCAUUUAUCUUCAAAAGUUGCUAUAGAAGCUAAUUGUCGUAAUGAAUUUUGGGAUAAUUUUAAAGAAUAUUAUAAAUAUAAAUAUUUAAAUUCUCAAGGAUUAAGUUCAUAUAUUGUUACAAAUUAUAAUUGUUCAAAUUGGGAAAAUACUGAUUUAAGUUUAUUUUAUGAAGAUAGUGAUGAAAUUUCACAAUAUUUAGAAGAGUAUUCUGUUAUAACAAAAUUAAUACAUAUUACAGAUUCUGAUUAUGGUGGUGUUUGUAUAAUUAAUCCAAUAAUUAAUUCUUCAUCACCAUUAUUAGAUGUUAUAACAAUAAGUUCAAAUGAUAUUAAUCAAUUAUCACCAGAAAUUUAUGAAAUGUGUUCAUCAACAAGUAGUUAUACUAUAAAUUUAUUUAAUAAUGAUCUCGAUGCUUAUUCAAAUUGUACAUUAUAUACAACUGGUAUUGAUGAACAUUCAUGUUUAUCAUAUACACUUUUUAUAUAUUUUGCCAUUAAACAUGAUACAAAAAAAGAUGAAUUAAAUAAUAUUUUAACAUUGGCAUCAAAAGUUUUUGAUAAAUGUACUUUACAAGGAACAACAGUUAUUUAUUGGAGUGCCAAUCCAGAUAACAGAUAUAUGAGAUGUGAUCCAAGUACAGAAGCAUGUAAAGAAAAAAUCACAUCAUUAACUAUAUAUGAUUUAGCUUACCAAAAUACAACAAAUAAACAAAUUGAUAUUAAUAGUUUAAUAAAAGUUGUCAAUAGUUUUGAUGAUUUUAAAAUUGGACAAACAUUAGUAUUUUAUAUAUUUUCUAAUUUAGAAGAUGAUGAACUAUCUUCAAGUCUUUUAGCACAACCACUUUUUAAUGAUUCAUUUGAUUAUGGAUAUUUUUUAUAUAAAAAUAAAAUUAUAACCCAUUUCAUUGAUUUGGCUUAUAACAAUAAAAUUACUACAGAAAAAUUUUUACAUUUAACUAAUGCUGCUAAUGAAUAUUUUGUUUUUGAUAAAAUUGCUAAUAUUUCUGAACAACUUAAUGGUGUAUCGGUAACAUUACAAAUAUGUACUGGUGAUGCAUAUUAUAAUUUAUCAACAAAUAAUUCUGAUACAACAUCAUCACCUAAUACUGAAACUAUUCUUCUUAUAAUAUGUGGAUCAAUUAUUAUGUUUUUUGCAAUUUUAGCAAGUUGUUGUAUUAGAUGUAGAAAAUUGACAUAUAAAUUUAAAUUAAGUAAAUUUAGUAGAAGAUUUGCUGAUAAUGAGGCAGCCUGUGAAGCAAUGGAAAUAGCACAUAAAAAUAAAAAUAAUAAAGAAUUUCAAGAAUGUAUGGAUAUUUUUAAUAAAAAUGUUGAUGAACGAUAUGCAAAUUGUCCUAAUGGAUGUGCAAGUGAUCGUUAUGAAAUGAAUAUUGAUGAUUUAGCAAUAAAUUAUAAUAGUCCUUUAGGAUCAGGUGCUUUUGCUUGUGUAUAUAAAGGUUUUAUAAAAGGAAAAAAUCCAUUAAAAAAUGCUUGUCAAAGUAUAAAUGUAGCAUUAGAUGUUAUGACUAAUUUAACUAAUGAAGUUGCUAUAAAAACAUCAUUAAAACCAACAGAUGUUGGAGAUAAAACAAAUCUUCUUUAUGAAAUAAAAUUUAUGAAAGAUUUAGGAUAUCAUCCACAUAUUGUUAAUAUAAUUGGAUGUAUUACUGAUUGGAAAUUACCAUUAUUAGUAUUAGAAUAUUGUGAAAAUGAAGAUUUAUUAAAAUUACUUAGAAAACAAAAUAAAUAUAAUAAGAAAAAUGAUAGUGAUGAUCGAGAAAAUGAAUUAACAAUGAAAGAUCUUUAUUCAUUUGCUUGGCAAGUUGCUGAUGGAAUGGUAUAUUUAUCUUCUAAAAAUGUUAUUCAUAGAGAUAUAGCAGCUAGAAAUAUUUUAAUAACUAAAAAUUAUGUUGCAAAAAUUGGUGAUUUUGGUUUAUGUCGUAGUACGGAAGAAAUUAAUUAUACAACAAAAGGAGGAAAAUUUCCCAUUCGUUGGAUGUCAUAUGAAGCUUUAAAAUACUAUACAUUUUCUGUUAAAAGUGAUGUAUGGGCUUAUGGAAUAUUAUUAUAUGAAAUUUUUUCAUUUGGAGAAGUUCCAUACAAGACAGUACAAUUAUAUGAUUUAGUUGAUUAUUUAGGAGCUGGAAAUAGAUUAACACAACCUGAAUUUUGUAUUGAUGAAGUAUAUAAAAUAAUGUCUGAUUGUUGGAAUGAAGAUCCAGAAAAAAGACCAACAUUUGUUUAUUUAAAAGAAUGUAUGGCUAGAUAUUUAGAACUUAAUAGUGAUUCAUAUGGUUACAUUCAAUUAUUACCUGAUUUUAAUAAAAUUUAUUUAGAAAUAACAGAAACAAUGCAAAAGCCUGUAUCAACAAAUAAAGAAUGUAGCAUUCAUGAAAAUAAUGUAAAUGAUGAUAUUAAAAAUAUAAAUGACAACACUAAAAAUAUUCAUGAUACAUAUAAUGAAGCUGAAAAUGUAAAUAUGUGUUCUGCUUAA